AUGGCGCUGAGAGCAUUACGACCGGAAAGCAGCAGCCCAAUUUCCCCAAAAGAGUUUUGUGAGGCCGUAACAAAUCUAUGGGAAAGAUGGCGAGGCGUGUCGACACCAAGUGUGCCGUCAAGAAUAGGACUGGCUGUCAGUGGAGGUCCUGACUCGAUGGCUUUGGCUUUCCUCUGCAAACAGUUGAUAUCUGAACGCUUGAUUCCUGACCUAAAGGUGAAGCCCUUUAUUGUCGACCAUUUGGCUAGAGAGGGCAGCACGGAGGAGGCACACAAAGUGGCAGAUUGGCUUAAAGACCUUGGUUUUGACCCUUCCAUUCUUACGCUUAGUUGGCCCGGCGGAGCUCACCCGUCCAGCUUCACCGAUUUUGAAACUGUCGCCCGGAAACUCCGCUAUCAAAUUCUUGGAAAAGCUUGCAGGGACUACAAUUCACGAGCGCUAUUUUUGGGACACCACCUGGACGAUAAUAUUGAAACGGUUCUGAGUCGAGUAGCCCGAGGACAACGCCAGGCAACCGGCCUCAAGGGUGUAGCCAGCGUAGGCCAUAUACCAGAAUGCCAUAGUAUUUAUGGAGUAGCAGAGAGUGGUUCCUCCGUCUGGUUAGUAGAUGGGCAAAGGAGGGUAAAAUCUGCUGGAGCUAGGGACCGCUAUGGUCGAAGUUCGAAACGAUUACAGCCGGAUCGCUAUUCGGCGACCGGUCCGCCCCAUCACUUCCGUGAAGAUCUUAUACUCCCUAUCGCAGAGGGGGGUAUUUACCUAUUCCGUCCGCUUAAUUCCUUCCCAAAGUCACGCUUAACAUCUACUUGCCUUCAAAACAACAUACAAUUCGUAAACGAUCGAACAAAUUUUGAUCCUACCCUUACUUCUCGAAACACAGUGCGACAUCUCCUCUCCAACGGCACGCUUCCUCGCGCACUACAAGCUCCAUCAAUAUUACAACUUAUUGAAAACAGUCAAAGGAUUUCAGAUGAGCUCAUGGAGGAGACGAACGCAUUCUUAGAAAAAGUUCGAGUCCUCAAACUUGACCUUCGAACUGGCAGUCUUGUGAUUGACUUCCCGGGUCCUCGAGUUAUGGAGGAUAUUGGAAUGUCUCAGGGCGUGUCAAUUCGGAGUUCCCCACCUAAGCUUCAGAGGAUCCUAGCCAUGGUUUUGCGACGCCUUGUUGACAUUAUUUCUCCUGCUCCAAAAAGCGAUAUACCGCUCGAGAAAUUCACAAUGGCGCUACAAAUAGUUUUUCCUACACUAAAGUCAGCGUCUGGCGAAACGUCAGCUUCCUCAAGACAGGAUAUAUUUACGGUCGGCGGCGUGAAGUUCGAACCCGUCACACCGUCGAGACAAUGGGCUGGGGCCAAAGUCCUCCCUCUCAAAUCGUUCGUCCCAAGGAAGCAAAACGAUGGUUAUGGUUCAAAUACCUGGCUCCUGACCCGCCCACCGUACUCAAGGCGUGUCUCAAAGCCCGUUUCCACUUUCGACCUUCAAAUUCCCAAAUUACCAAUUGCUGAAUAUGAUACGGACAACUCCCGCUGGUCGCCCUGGCAACUUUGGGAUAACCGACACUGGAUACGAGUGCGGGCCGAGCCAGCAAAUUUAAAACAUCCAGCGGAAAAGGACUCAUUUGAAUAUAAUGGCAUGAACAUCCCCGUUGUCGUUCGUCCAAUGGAUGGUCCAGACUUAGCAGAUGUCAGACGCCGACUUGCAAAAUAUGCAUUGUUUCUUUUCGAAAAUCAUUCCGAUGCCAUGAAAUCAGAUGUUCCAUCCUUCCCAACCCUAAAGGCGAGGCAGGAAUUGGAUGAACUUCUCCAGUACCAUGCACCGGAUGACCUGAGAUAUACUAUUCCCGUCAUCGCAGAAGCAACCGGGCAGAAGCGGGUUCUCGCGUUUCCAUCGUUCGGAUUCAGGAUGCCAGUGACUUUCACUCGAAGGAUGGGGAAUAAUAAUACCAGGAGAGACCACUGGACGUUGAACUGGCAGAUAAAUUAUAAACACAUCGAUCUCGAUUUAUUAAACCUGGUAUCUCGGGAUUUGGACAAGGAAAUUUCGCGAGGCGCUCCUUUCAGCGAAACUUGA